AUGGACCUCCUCGGUCUGCUGGGUAGCAUUGGACACGAGGUUGAAGACGCAGAAGACGAUGCUUUUAUCCAAUUCUCACACCCUAUACCCUCGAGUAACUUGGGCUUUGUUGAUCCUCGUUCAAACACUGUCGAGCUCACCGUUGGCGGAGAGGAGUUAACCAUCCGCCAAUCGCCAACCAUUUUAUCCUCGAAGAGAACAGGCGGAACUACAGGCGCCGUUCUCUGGCAAGUUACUCCCAAACUGGCAGAAUGGCUCUGCAAGAAGGACAACCCCCUUUGGAAGUCAUCCGUUUUGAACUCGGAAUCGGCUGUCGUCGAGCUGGGGUGCGGUACUUCAGCGGUGCUGGCGAUAUCCCUUGGACCGAAGGUAGGGUGUUACGCUGCGACUGAUCAAGAGUAUGUUCGGAAGCUAUUCAAUGAGAACCUGCAUACGAAUGGGAAGAUGGGUUCUCCGUCUUCAUAUGCAGGUUCAACGGGCAAUAGGUCUGGCAAAAGGAUUGAGCGAAAGGGUGGUAAACAUCACCAUCACCAUCAUCACCCCCGGCCAGAGCGUGAACGGCGAAACAGCCCUGCUCGCCGAGGAGAUGAUGAAAGCGGUUCCGGCGACUAUAGCGGCGCUGGAGUGCCGGAGAAAAUCAAAUUCGUCCCGUUGGAUUGGGAGUUGGAUUCGCCUGAUAUGCUGAAACGUUCGAUCGGCACUGACGUUGCUGAAGAUGACCCCGGCUUCGACCUACUGGUUGCAUGCGAUUGUAUAUACAACGAUGCAUUAAUUGCCCCGUUCGUGGCGACGUGUGCUGAUAUAUGUCGCUUGCGCCCGUCAGUGGGCGAGGAACGGCCCGAGAGACCUACGCUGUGCGUGGUUGGCCAGCAGUUGCGGUCUCAUGAGGUGUUUGAGGGGUGGAUGAGAGAAGCCUUGCAGGAGUUUCGGGUAUGGAGGGUGAAAAAUGAAGUCGUUGGGUCUACUCUGGCUUCUGGAACGGGGUAUACGGUGCAUAUAUUGCUUUUGAAAGGCGGAAACUAG